AUGUCAGAGAAGACCCCGUCCAAGAAGGCCUACGAGGACGCUCGCAAUUGUACCCAUCGCAAGCUGGAGGGGGCUUCCGACGACGGCAUUGUCACCCUCGAGAAGUAUUUCGGCACUGCGAUGGAGCGCAAGCUGAAGAACCACCACUGCGGUGUUCAAUCCGUCUCCGUGGGCGGGCUCGAGCUGGCCAGUCUACCUCGACGGCAUCAACUUCGAGUGGAGCCCAAGCCAGCCAAGCGCAGCCGAGAAGUAUGCAAAGGCCUUCGGCCUCGACGUGGCCACGUUCAUGGCCAGUGUGUCGGCUCAGAAUGGGAUCAACCCCUCGCCUCGCCUUCCGAAAUGUACCUCGACCGCAGAGUGUCACGACCCAAAGGUGGCGCUAAGCGUGGCAGCGAGACAGCGGGCUACUGCAUCCCGACGUGGCACGGCAUUUCCCAUGCAUGGGCCCCCGCCGCCAUUCUCGAGCAGGAGCCGAAGUGCCCCGUGACGGUCAACAACGUGACUUUCCAACCCAAGGACAUCAAGAGGUUGCUCACGGACGUCUACUACGGCGCCAAAAGUUCGACCGUGUUCGCUGGGUCCCGCUACAACGGCAACAACGACUCGACCGACCAGUACGGAAGGCACACGGACUACUCGUACCGGGACCUGAACCCUGGGUUCUUCCACAUCGCCGCCACGAACCUCCUCGGCCUGUUGAACACCACUUUCUUCGUCGACACGGACGCUGGCUACGAGGUCCAUAACCGGCCGGUGGUUGGCUUCAAGGUGUACGAGCAGACGGCUAUGAGUCCGCAAAAGGCUGCGAACGCCUUCUACGGACUCGAGACAUACCCCUGGAACGCGAACGUCACGAAUAUCGUGUACGUCAAGUCGCGUCUGUCGUGGAUCAACGAGACGGAGGCGGAUGGCGGGUUGGUCGCUUCCGGUGCGAACGAGAAACUCACGGUGGGGGCCUACUACGAUUACCUCCUGGAAUUGGACGAGAGCGAGGAGAUCAUCGGUGGUGAAUGGCUGUACGGAUCCAAUGGCAACCACCCGGACUUCCUCUGGUUCCUGCAGGGGAAGCCGCCUGCUGACACCGUCACCAAAAUUGGUCUAAGCUACGCGAACGUGGCGAAGUUGCUUGAGAAAUCUGUGUCGUGCUGA